AUGGCUCCCAAGGCUCGCAAAGGCGAUGCCGCCGCGUCUGCGAACGGCGGCGGCGAUGCGGGCGACGAUCUGAUGGCGUGGGUGGCGAAGAGUCGCAAGCUGGACGACAAGCGGCGCGCGGAGAAGGAGAAGGCGGAGCGCAUGGCGCGCAUGCUCGCCGACCAGGACGAUGCGGCCGCGGAGGAGGAGGAGGACGACGAGGAGGAGCAAGGAGGGCGGCAGCGGUCAUCGCGACCAGAGUACACCUCUCGCGACCUGGCGGGGCUGAGGGUGAGGCACGGGGUGGGCGCGGUGCUGCAGGAGGGCGCGGCCGUGGUGCUCACACUCAAGGACGCCUCCAUCCUCGCAGGGGACGACGUCAAUGAAGAGGAGGACGAGUUGGAGAACGUGGAGGUGGCGGAGCAGAGCCGGCGAGACAAGGCGUACCUCGCUGCUAAGAAGACCACCAGCAUUGCCGACAAGUUUGCGGAGGGCGAGGGAGAGAAGAAGCCCAUGCUGCCGCAGUACGACGACGGGCACGACGACGAGGGCAUAGUGUUGGACGGGUCAGGCGGGCUGGACGAGGCCACUCGCUCCCGACUGGACCAGAGACUCCUUGCUGCUCCCACCCUUGCUGCUCCCACCCUCUCCUCCACUCUGGGAGCAUCCCCAUCAAGUAUGACUCUGCUGCUCCGCUCCCCCCCUCCUCCUCUUGUCCCUAUUGCCUUCCCUCCUGUCCGUGCUCUUCUCCAUCCCUCACUCCCCCCCUCUCUUCCCCUUCCCCCUUCCCGUCCCUCCCUCCCCUCUCCCCCAGUGCGUGUUCGCAAGCGUCUGCAUGUGAAGCUUGUCUUCUCACCUUUCCCCCUCGUCCCCCCUCCCCCCCCCCCCCCCCCCCCCCCCCACUCUCCUCCCCCUGCCCCUUUCCCUUCUCUCCAGGUGCGCAGCAGGCUGCAGGGCGCAGCAAGCGCGCUCCCCCCUGCCCCCCACGCGCUGGGCAGCACCACAUUCGGGGGAGGGGCGGAUGGGACAAGCUUUGCCGCCCCAAAGGUGGCGAGCGACUUCCUGACGGCCGAGGAGAUGGAGCAGCGGCGGGCGGCACAGUUCAGAAAGCCAAAGCGGAAGAAGGAGAGCAGAAGGAGAAGAGGCGGAGAGGAGGGGGGUGAGGAGGGGGAGGGUGGAGCAGGGGACGGAGGAGGGGGUAUGAUGAAGAAAAAGAGGAAGAAAGAGAAAUUAGAUUUGGAUAAGCUGGAGGCGCAGGCUCGGGCGGCAGGUUUGGGGAGAGGCUCGGAUCUGGGGCGGAGGGAUGGGGAGGGAGGGACGGGGGUGACGGCGAGGCGGAGGGAGGAGCAGGCGAGGGAGGAGAGGGGUGGGCGGGCGGCGUAUGAGAGCGCCAAGGCCAAGGCUGUGCAGGCCUCGAUGGCGCUGAAGGGGGAGAGAGAUGGGGGGGGAGGGGAGGAGGGGGCAGUGGGUGGCAAGGAGGAGAGGGGGGUUGUGAAAGAGGAGAUGGAUGUGGAUGGGCGAGCGGGAGGAGAGGGUGGGUGGGAGGAAGGGGGUGGAGGCAAGGUGGUGAAGAGGGAAGAGGUGGAGGAGGAGGAGGAGAAGGGCGAGGGCGAGGAGGCAGGCAGGGAAGGGGGAGAGGAGGAGGAGGAAGAGGACGAAGAGGGAGAAGGGAAAGGGGAUGAGGCGGUGGUGAUAGGAGAUGACGAUGAGGACCUGCAGCGGUCGCUGCAGCGCGCCAGGCAGCUUGCUGUGCGGCGGCAACAGGAGGAGGCCGCUGCCAGGGCUGCUGCUGCCGCUGCCUCUGGUGGGGCGAGUGCUGGGGGUGGGGAUGAGGGUGACGUGGGGAAGGUGAAGGAGGAGGCGGACAUGGAAACAGGGAGUGGUGCGGGAGGGACAGGGGUGGGGGUGGGACCAGCAGUGAGGGGCGAGGCGCUGGUGCUGGCGCGGGUGAAGCAGGUGGGGCGCGUGAGGAGGAGGCGGGCGGCGGAGGGCGAGGAGGGGGAGGAGGGGGAGGAGGGGGAGGGCGUGGGGCGUGGGCUUGUGUUCAGCGACACUGGGGAGUUCUGCCGGGGCUUGCAGCUGGAUGAUGCGCUGGUGAAGCGAGUGAAUGCAAGGGAAGCCGCUGCUGCCGCCAAGGAAGAACUGGCCUCUGCCGCCGCUGCCCUCCCCGUCCCCCCCUCCUCCUCCGCUGCUGCUGCUGCCGCGGGGAGUGCGGACGGGGGCGGGUGGAUGGAGGUGAAGCGGGAGGGGCAGGACGACGAGGAGAUGGGCGAGACAGAGGAGGGCGCGGAGGGCGGGGGCGAGGGCAAGGGCGCAGGCGAGGGAGCGGAGAAGGGGGAGGGGGCGGGGGCGGGGGAGGCGGAGGCGGGGGUGGAUGCGAUAUCGGAGGCGCCAGUGGGGACGGGGCUGGCGGCAGCGCUGGCGCUGCUGAAGGACAGGGGGGCGCUGAAGGGCGAGGUGGAGUGGGGCGGGCGCACCAUGGACAAGAAGCGCAGCAAGCUGGUGGGCGUGGUGGAGGAGCCGGGCAAGGAGCGCGUGGGCCUGCUGGACGAGCACGGCCGGGAGCGCCCCCACGCCUUCAAGGAAGUGCGCAUCGACCGCAUCGACGAGUUCGGGCGCGUGAUGACGCCCAAGGAAGCGUUCCGCAAGCUGUCACACGCGUUCCACGGGAAGGGGCCGGGGAAGAUGAAGCAGGAGAAGCGCAUGCGCGCUUAUGAGGAGGACCUGAAGCGCAAGGGCAUGGCGGCGGGGGACACGCCCAUGCACUCCGUGGAGCGCCUCCGGGAGGUGCAGGCUCAGACGCAGUCGCCCUACGUGGUCAUCACGGGACAUGUGAAGCCGGGGCAGAUCUCGGACCCGGCCAACUCGUUUGCGACAAUGGAGAGAGAGAGGGAGGUGGUGGGCAGCCUCACGCCCAUGCUGGGCGACGCCAAGGUGGAGCAGUACCUGGGCAUCAGCAAGCCCCCUCCGCCCUCCACUCCCGCCUCGUCCCGCACGCCCAUGGGCCCUCCACGCGCCAAGCAACCCCGCCACUGA